AUGUUCGGAUCUAAUUUUGGUCCAAAGCCGGACCCAGGUUGGGUCUACGUGUUGGGUCUUUUGUGAAAAAUAGAACAAUGUAGGAAAUUGGUACGUGCCGCAUCACAACACCCUCCCUCUCUCUCCUUUCUCUUUUCUCCCGCUCCAAACCCUAAGGAGCCAUCCCCCUCUCUCUCUUCUCCCUCUCCUAACUCUAACGCGGGUUUUGGCGUGAUCCAAGGGGAAAAAAGAACACAAAAACUUGAAAAGGUUCAACAAUGGUGGGUGGUUUUGUGGUUGCUGCUUGCGAAACCAAGACGAGCGGAGCUUUAAAGGGGCAGUAACUCAUUUUGUGGUGUUUGCUUGUAUGAUUAGACCUCUUGGUGGAUCUCUCUUUGGUUAUGACUCGGUUAAUUCAGUUAUGACACUUCAACUUAAAUAAAGUGCAUAGUCUACACAAUCAGCUACUUAUAUUACCAUAUAUCACAUAUGAAAUAUGGCUCAAGAACAAUUUGAAAACCAACAACAACAUGAUCAAGGACGGAAACCCCAACAGCCGAAAGAUGACAUGAUUAAUUGCGUUAUGUCACUUGAGGCAGCAUUGCUUCCAUGUUUGCCAGCCAGAGAACUCCAAGCAGUGGAUCGUUCAGCGCACCCUUCUCAUCAGAUUGACGUGGAAAGGCAUGCUAGGGAUUUCAUGGAAGCGUCAAAAAAGCUUCAAUUGUAUUUCAUCAAUCUUCAAUAUGAAGCACGACCCACUGAGGAGGAGACUUUGAGAAGGAAGAUAGCAAUUAUGGAAGAGGAGUUGAAAACCAAAUCUGAGAAGAUUCAAAAGCAGGAAAAAUUAAUUCAAUUAUGGAGGGACCAGUUGAAUAAGCAACAAGAACGACACUUCAAGGAGUUGGACAGAGUGUAGGAGGGAUUGUGUUUGCAGUAACAAUUUUCUUCCAUUCUCAUUGAUUUUUGGCUAGAGAAUUUCCUCCUUAUACAAGGUUGAAGUGACGUACAAGGCCUCCUGUAAUUUUGUGGGAGCAACAGGUAGAGGAUAGGUCCAAGCUCCUUGUUCUUUAUGACCUAACUGCAUCUUGCUGGAUUAGCACUACAGUUUUGAGGGCGGAAAUCUGCCUGCUCAUUAUACCAUCAACAUGCUUCGUUAAUAAACCGUAGUGGUUGAGUUUUGAGCUUCAUUUAAUGCUUUCUAGUUUAAGCAGUUGUCUGAUAGCAGGUAAGCUAGAACCAUCUACACCGUCCAAUCAUGGGCAGAAUGUUUGGUGGCAGGUAUUUUGUCGCGAUAGGUCCAAUAAGGGCAUUUUGGCAAUUUUCUUGCAGAGGCCCUGAAAAGGGCCUUUUAUAGAGAUUUACUGCGGUGGAGCUUCCACCGGUGUGCUAUGCAUGGCUAAGAGUGAAAAACACAGAAAUGGUUCACUAAAAUGGAUAGUUUGUGAUUUUGGACUUAAUGGUGCACUUUUUGUAACCUGAUUAACCUCCAUUGACUAGUGUAACUCUUCGGUCCCCGUUGUAUGUAAAGUUGUAACCGUUUUAUAAUGGCAUUGAAGGUGAAAACUUGCCUACCAAGUGUUAAUGGAGCUUCUAAUCUUUGGUGAACUUAAA